UUUUUAUAUACCCUUUCUGCAAAUAAUAUCUGUAUUGUGUCUACAAUAUUUAUCGAUUGUUAUUGCAAAAAAAAGUGUUUUCGCAUAGUAUCGCAAGGUUCUCGUGCGAUACAAAUGCGAGGUUAACUCUCGCGUACUGUCACAUGUGUUCUGAUGUGUACGAUCAUCUGCGGUGAUUAAAAGUAAGAAUCGUCACAGUUACACGUCAACCAGUUCCUGUACAAGUUUACGUGUGGCCACAAUAAUGGUUCUCGAUUGUUUAAUGUAAGGAACAUCUCACUAACAGCGCAUUAGUGUGAUUCUUUUGCAUGAACAUUUAUAGAUCAAGCUAGAGCAUUUAUAAACCUAGCUAUAAACAUGAUCUUGAUAUUAGUUAUAUGUAAUAUACUGUGGAUACUUGUCCUUUUGCCAAUUUUAUUCACAAAAUGGAAAAAAUUUUAUGCAAAGAAGCGCGAGGAGAGACAGCAGAAAGGAACAGUUGUUGGAAUCUUUCAUCCAUACUGUAAUGCAGGUGGUGGAGGCGAAAGAGUGCUUUGGACCGUAGUGCAGGCUAUACAAAAUAAAUAUCCUCAUGUACAUAUAGUGAUAUAUACUGGUGAUCUUGAUGCUGAUCGCGAAUGGAUUCUUGAGAGGACUGAAAAGGUGUUCAACAUGAAAUUGCGACCGAAUAUUGAAUUCGUCUAUUUGUAUAAACGAAAAUGGGUGGAACCUUCCACAUAUUCUCAUUUUACACUGUUGGGACAAAGUCUGGGAUCUGUCUGGUUGGGUUUUGAAGCAUUGAACAGUUAUAUACCAGACAUAUACAUCGACACAAUGGGUUAUGCUUUCACGUAUCCUUUAUUCAAGUAUAUGGCUGGUUGCUUGGUUGGAUCAUACACGCACUAUCCCAUUAUUUCGACUGAUAUGAUAAGAUAUAUCCAUAAAAGGACCGUUGCGAACAACGAUAAUAGAUUGAUUGCCAAAUUCUUACUUUUCUCGAAGGCAAAGAUUCUUUACUAUAAAUUAUUCGCAUAUUUGUAUGGAUGGAUGGGCCGUUGCGCCGACAUCAUAAUGGUAAAUUCGACAUGGACUGAGGAUCAUAUCAAUUCUAUCUGGAAAUGCCCGCUGAAGACACACCGAAUAUAUCCCCCGUGCAGUGUAGAGCAUUUGACCGCGUUGCCACUUCUCAGUGACGAGGAAAAGGGCGAUCACAUACGAAUAGUGUCGGUCGCGCAAUUCAGGCCGGAAAAGAAUCAUCCGCUCAUGUUGAGGGCGAUGUUCGAAUUAAGAUCAAUCCUCAAAGAGGAACUCUGGGAAAAGAUCAAAUUAAUUUGCAUCGGUUCCUGUCGAGACGCCGAGGAUGAAGCGCGCGUCAAAGAUUUGCAAGACUUAGCCAAGCACCUUGCCAUGGAAGAUAACGUCGAGUUCAAAGUGAAUAUACCGUAUCCCGAACUCGUGUCGGAAAUGCAAAGAGGAAUGAUCGGUCUGCACACAAUGUGGAAUGAGCACUUUGGUAUCAGCAUUGUGGAGUGCAUGGCCGCGGGGCUGAUUAUGAUAGCCCAUGCUUCUGGUGGACCAAGGUGCGUUUGUUGGAUCCACUUCCGGAAUUAUUCGCGCAAUAAGAUUCACGCAAAACGAUUUCCUUUCAAAAACGUAUUUUACGAUUUUAGGGCAGACAUCAUAGAAAUGCAAGAGGGUUGUGUGACCGGUUUCCUGGCGCAGGACGAAAUGGAAUACGCUGAAAUAAUAUCGUACAUUGUACACAUGCAUCCAGACGAACGAAGCGCUAUUAGAAUUGCCGCCAGAUCGUCUGUAAAUCGUUUCUCAGGCCAGCUCUUCGAAAAGGAGUUCCUACGGACAGUCGAACCGCUUUUUAGAGAAAAACAAGAAUAGUUUUGUAAUAAUUCUCAAGAGUAAAUUUUUUACAGAUACGUGCGUGUAAAUAAUCCAUUUCAAAAUCGGAAUGCACUUUGAGUAUACAUAUUAUAUUAAACUGUACGUGUAUGUAUAUAAGCAAGAAUGUUUUCUACAAUGUGAUGAGUCCGUGCUCAAUCAUUUAGAGAUGCGAAAAACUCUUUUCUCAUGUUUGAUAUCCGUUAAUUUUAAGAUACAAUGCAUCAAACAAUUGUGAUUUAGCAAACAAAUUACAGUGUAUUGUAUAACGCAAUUACGAAUGAAAUAUAUUUAUUUUAAUGUU